AGAAAAAACGAGAGAGAGAGAGGGGGGUAGUGGAUGUAGCUCUAGCUGUGGGCCGGGGGGUGAGCUACCUAGCCCGGGCUGCUCCGCCGAAACAUCCAUGGGUGGCUGUGUCGGGAGCCACCACGACUCUUCAGGCAGCUUAAACGAGAACUCGGACGGCACUGGAGUGGCUCUAGGGCGUAACCAGCCCCUGAAGAGAGAGCGGCCUAAAUGGAAAAGUGACUACCCGAUGACUGAGGGGCAGCUGCGCAGCAAGAGAGAUGAGUUCUGGGAUACGGCGCCAGCAUUCGAGGGCCGGAAGGAGAUCUGGGAUGCGCUGCGGGCUGCGGCCAGCGCCUUUGAGAGCAAUGACCACCUGCUGGCUCAGGCCAUCCUCGACGGGGCCAGCAUCACACUGCCGCAUGGAGCUUUGACCGAAUGCUACGAUGAACUGGGGAAUCGAUACCAGCUGCCAGUCUACUGCCUCUCUCCUCCCGUCAACAUGAUUGAAGAGCGCUCCGAUGAGCCCGACGGUUCAGAUCCAGACUCUGGGGCCGCAGACCCGUCCUCGGGCAGCGCCAGCGACCCCGGCUCAGGGGGGGAUUGUCAGCUUCGGCUCCGGCUCUCCACGGGUCGCGACCUCCGGCUCACAGUCCGAUCCACGGACACGGUGGGCAUGAUGAAGCGUCGUCUGCAAAGUCAAGAAGGCGUCCCUGCCACCACUCAACGCUGGUUUUUCUCAGGUCGGCCACUGACAGACAGACUGCGCUUGGACCAGCUCAACAUCUCCAGGGACUAUGUAGUGCAGGUCAUCCUCAGCCAGCGUCCACCGCCAGAGCCUGUAACAACACCAGGACAUACACCAGAGGCAGCUGGUCCUGGGUCAGUGGAAGGAGUGGCUGCACUGCCACAAGAGCCCACACCGGUGGAGAAUUAAAAACCUGGCAACCUGGAGCUGGGCAUAUUAGAGGCCUGGCAGUAUUAAAAGAGGACAACAAGGGACAAAUAAGGAAAAAAAUUCUUCUUCUCCUUCUUCUUCUUCUUCUUCUCCUUCUUCUUCUUCUUCUCCUUCUUCUUCUCCUUCUCCUUCUUCUUCUUCUUCUUUUCCUUUUCCUUCUUCUUCUUCUUCUCCUUCUUCUUUUCCUUCUUCUUCUUCUUCUUCUCCUCAGUUAUUUUUGCUGAGAAUGGUUGUGUUUGGGGCAGAGGUUGGCCGUCUGCCGGAGCAUAAGGACUCUUGAAUUGAGAAAAAGACUCUUUCUUUUGGUUUUACACGUUGAAAUUUUGACCUUUUUGAAGUCUUUUUAACUGUUCCUAUGGAAACCAAACAACAAAAAGAGAACUUUGUCAGAUGGUAUAAAAGGGUUUUCUUAGCAACACUGAUGUUUGAAUGUUUCUGUGUUUCAGUUUCCAUUCAAGUUCUGCUCUCUGGUGAAGCUGGGUCAGCAGAAAGAAUUCAGUUUAUAAGGCUACAGGGUUAUACGUACAUUUUCAAAUCAGACAGUUCACAAAAAUGAUAGUUUAACAAUCAUUCAGGCAUUUGUGUCACUCCAUGUGAAUCGAAUCAACAACACUUUAAGUCAGGGGAUUAAAUCAGUACACUAACAGCUGUAUUCAGUAGUUUGGUAUUGAUAGUUAGCAAACAGAUGUGUCCUCUCUUUUGUCAAGAGGUUGCAGUCAGGGGGCAUGACUGGAUGUUUUACCAAGCUGCUGCUGGAUUAGAUACUUUAUUUCACUCUGCUUCACAAACAAUCAGAUUAAUCAUGUAAUAAACAUAAUGUAGUCAGCCUGUGUGUGUGUGUGUGUGUGUGUGUGUGUGUGUGUGUGCGUGUGUGCGUGUGUGCGUGUGUGCGUGUGUGCGUGUGUGUGUGUGUGUGUGUGUGUGUGAAUGGGUGUGAGUAAGUGCGAGUGCGGAUGUUCAUAUGUGAUCAAGACACAACCACACUUAUUCAUGUGGCAAAAGGAUGGACAUCAGAAACACAGUUGCAUAUUUUGAUUAAAUAUAGAAUGUUUUUAAUUAAAAUUGGUCAUUGUUUAUAUUCCUCGA